CUGUUUCAAUGCCGACUAGGGAAAGGACCUAAACAAUAGCCCGGCCCUGGUGGACGGCGACCAUGCCACUGCCAACAGCGUUUUCACGAUCGUCUUACUGCCAAUCGCUUCCUAAGAUAGUAUUUACAACAUUGAUAUGCUUUGCAGUAACACUUUGUCGCUGUCAUAGCGCGGAUCUUCACUAUCAGGCCAAGGAACAUGAAACUACUCAAGGUUCAGAGUAUGCUGCCUCCAACUACCGGAUCCUGGUUGUACCUGUGGCGUGGCGCUCCCGAGCGUACCCGAUGCUCAAGCUAUCCUACGAGCUAGCAGCCCGCGGCCACACUGUUACAGUCAUGAUGUCCCGCGCGUACGAAAAAUGGACGCAUGACAGCUUGCAGGCCUUGGCUCGCGCGCGUGCACGUCGUGCAUCACAUGCUCCAAGCGUGGCCGUACAUGAAGCUGAAGAGGAGCAGCAGCAUGGAAUGAUAGGAAUGCCGGCUUGCCUCUCCCUGGUAUUCCACGACGCAUGGGACAUGGAACGUGAAGGCGAGAAGGUUGUGGGCACGUCACCCAUGGAGCAGUUCCAGUUCGUGAUGGAGAACACACUGGACAGCUGCAAGCGCCUCAUGGCGAACGACACCGUCAACCGAAUGGUCGCGGAGGGGCGGUACGACAUCUACUUUGGCGACCUGGCUGACUUUUGCGGCACCACCCUCGCCGAGUUCUGGCGCCUGCCCCGUGUGGACUUCGACUCGGGGGACUGCCGCGCGGGGGGACACUUCACAGCGUACGGGCAGCCCUUCUCGCCCGCUGUGACGCCCUCCUACAUCGCUCCCGUUCCCUCCAACACCGUACUGGGGUUCAAGGACCGGCUAGCCAACCUGGGCGCCACGGUGCUGCUGCACCUGCUGAUCCACUACAAGGUCAACCCGCGUCUGCAGGGCUUCCGUCGGAGCCUCAACGCAACCUCCUACCUGGCCCUGCUGCCGCCAGAUCACCCCGCGCUGCACGGUCCCGAGGCGGCGGCGGCGGCAGCCCGGGGCUUCCAGCUGCUUCCGCCCUUCGAGUCUACCAUUCAGCGACUGCUGAUGGUGAUUGUGAAUGUGGAUUGGGCGUUCCAUGACGUGCGGUCCGUGGGUCCGCACUUUCAGUUCGUCGGGCCCAUGAAUGCGGACGUGCCGGCUCCGCUGCCGUCUGCGCUGCAUUCCUUUGUGAGCGAGGGCGGGGAUCGCAGUGACCCACGGGUCAUCUACGUGUCGCCCGGCUCCACCUUCAGCUUCGGCGACCCGGGGCAGGCACACCUCAUGCUGGCGCUGCUCUCUCUUCCCGGCCGCUACCGCAUCGUGUGGCGCGCCCGGCCCGCGCACCGCUCGCUGCUGUCCGCCCGCCUGACCGCCCUGGGCCACCCGGGCCUCAUGGAGGUGGCGCAGCAGCCCUCCUCGCCGCCCUCCCCCUCCGCCCGGCUGCUGCUGCUGGACUGGGCGCCCCAGAACGACCUGCUGGGGCAGCCGGGGCUGGCGCUGUUCGUGUCGCACUGCGGAAUCAACGGAGUCAACGAAGCAGUCUUCCAUGGCGUGCCGGUGCUGUGCAUUCCGUCGGUUGCGGAUCAGCCCAUCAAUGCGGCCAUGGUGGUGUCGUACGGCAAUGGACGAGCACUGGAUCUGGCCCGUCUAAAUGCGGCUGACGGCGAGGCGGUUGUACGACAGGAGGUGCUGGAGAUCUUGGGUAACGACUCUUACCGCCUGACCUCCCGGCUGCUGUCCGCCCGCAUGCGGUCCCACCCGCUGCCGCCCGUGCUGCGGGCCGCACACUGGGUGGAGGCGGCGGCUGCGGCGGCGCGUGCGGGACCGCCCGGCUUCCUGGUUCCCGCGGAGGCGCUGCUGCCGUGGUGGCGGCUGGGCUUGGUGGAGGUGUGGGGGCUGGCGGCGGCGGCAGCGGGGGCGCUGGGAUGGGGGUGCUGGGUGGGAGGCGGGAAGAGGAUGGUGCGGGGGGUGUGUGGGCUGGCGGCGAGGUGUCGGGCGGGCGUUAAGGUGAAGGAAGCGUGCAAUGAGCGGCAGAAAUCAGAUUGAUGAGGAGGGGUGUGUGUUUGUGGAUGCGGGCAUGCGCAUUUAGGAGGUGAGAGUGAUUGUCCUGCGUGCAAUAUGAUGCGAGCAUGUAAGAGUGUAUGGUUUCGCUUAGUCGUGUUUGGCUAUGUGUUUGCUGUGUUGUUUGUCCGUUUCGUGACUUUCCAAAAGUAUGCUGAGCUUAGAGCAGGCCUACGUGCAAAACGUGUCAGGAAGCGCGCUGGCACAAGGUAUGCACAGCAUUGCGGUCAAGCUGUGGUUAAUCAUGAUGAGGGAUUAAUUGUAAUGAGGGACCAUCAUUGGUCAUUCCUCCUCCAAUCAACACAAAGCGCGCUUGGCUGCGGUGAGGGCGGAAUGCGGUUGGUGUUAUCAUUUUGGUGUUGCGUUGAUCUGCCGCUUGACCGUGUGACUCUCUCGGGGGUUGCUAGGAUGGGCUCGGGCCAUGCAAAUCGAAGGAGUAGGGCACCUUGGGCGGGCACUGCUGCUGUUUAUUGGUGUCAAUUCAAUUCUGGGCAAUACGGUACAGUAUAAUAAAGAAAUGUUGCCGCUGUACGUUGCUAGCUAUGGGCCAUGUGCCGUGCAAGAGGAUGAUGAUGGAGGGUACCGGUACCCCGCCCUGCAUGCCUCACGCCAGGAGGGGAGGACAAUGCCAUCGGGUUGCAUUUAUGCAUGGCGCGACGACUUCUGUGGAUUUCCCUAAAUAGUUUGCGAGCGACGGGAAUGACUGCUGGCAUACUUUCUAAAUAAUUGUUUCAAAGGAUAAAUGCAACUGCUUAUAAACGGUGUUCAGAACGCUUCCAGUCGUAGCAUGUAAGUUAAGCAAGUCGCUCGCAACGAACCUAGUCUGUCUUCGCGAC